AAUAUCACAGUCACUGACAGCAUAUAAUAUCAAAAACAUCAACAAGUUUUUGACAGCCGUAAAAUUGAAAAAAAAUGCUGCAAACGCCGUGAAAAUUUUUUAUUACCUAUUAUCGUAAAAAAUACAGAAUUAAUUCACAAAAGUAUUUCAUUAAAGCAUGAAUGAAACCGAUGACUCCAAGGAAGAAAAAACUUCCUCUACGACAACCACCACCAUGAGUUCUACCGCGACGGAAAUGUUUCCCUUGAAUAUCAAGAUAAAACAGGAAAAAACUACCAGCUAUGAAGAUUCCAGUAAGUCGGAAACCGUGGAUAAACUAUCCAUAGAUUUGAACCUAUCAAACAUAUUUUCAUCCACUACAACGACAAAAACGCCUACGGUUCCGAGUGCCACUUCUACGGCGUCGGAUCUUCCGCCGGGUGAGACCGAGAAGGAAAUUAAGUCCGUGGAACCGCUCAAGUCAUCAAACGAAAUAUUGACGGAAUUGUUCAAAGUCUUCAAUGCUGCACCACCGGAAAUAAUAGACGACGAUUCGAACGAUGGCGAGGAGAAGAAAAAGAAGAAGAAGAAACACAAGAAAAAGUCUAAAAAGAAGAAAAAGGGCGGCAGUGACGGAGAAGUUUCAUCAGAAGCAUCCGACACCGAAGAGGAAGGUGAGAUCAAGAAAAAAGUCAAAAAGAUAAAGAAGGAAAAGGAUAAGGACAAAGAUAAAAACAGACAGAAGAAACAGAAGGAAAAACACAAGGAAAAAGAAGUACGUAAGCAUGAACACGAAAAGGUGGUUGUGAAAUCGGAAAUGACCUCAGUGGUAGUGAAGAAGGAACCGAAAGACGACUGGUACAGCUCAAGGGACAUCAGGGAAUCAUCUAGAGGGGCGAAGGAGUCUCCGUACUACCAUCAUCAUCACCGUCACAGCUCGCGCGAUGAUUAUCAUCCGCGGAUUAAGCAGGAAAAAGAUGAUCGCUCCUAUGAUACAUAUGACACAAAACGGGAGCACGACCGAGACAGAGAAAAGGAACGAAUUCGUGAAAGGGAGCGCGAGAAAGAGGAUCCUAAAUCAAGGAAUCGAAUUCAAAUUAAAAGUCUGAAAGAUAGUGCUGUCUUCAAAGAAGCAGCUUCCCGAGAGAAGGAAAAGGAACGCGAACGAGAGAAAGAAAAGGAAAGAAUCCGUGAUAGGGAUAAACGAAACGAACGGGACGAUUCGAGAGAAAUGAAAAAGAGACGUUCGGAAUCGGAUCUUUCGUUGUCAGAUGAAGAACCGUACCGGCAGGGCCGGUAUUACGAUUUUUAUCAAAAGAAGUACAAUUCGUUCUACGCUAGUUAUAAGGAGGAAGAUCACUACAGGGAUCGCAGGAGCAGGAGAAGUGAAGAUCGAGAUAGACAUAAGCACAGAUCAAGAUCUCGUUCACCGCAGUUUGAUAAGCAAAAACUAUUGGAAAUUGCCAGGAAGAAUGCGAUUUCGAUGCUCAAGAAGGGAACUUUACCAGGUGCUCAAGGACUGGAUAAAGAGUCCAAAGAAAAACUGAUCAUGAAGAUGAAGAGCAGCGGCAAAAGCAUUGAAGAACUGACUGAAUAUUGCAAAAAGAUUUCCGAUAAAGAAAACCUUAACGAGUUAUCGAGUGUGUCAUCUGAUGACAGCGAUCAUGAUGCUGAAGGGGGGUCGAAGGCAUUCCACCAUCCUUUCCAGAUCAAGGAUCCAGGGCCGAUUGUGAUGAAUAUUAAAAAUUCAGUUCCAUUACAGCCGAAAACAGCAGAGCAGUCAAAAGCUCUUAUGUUGCAAUUUCCAGUUUCUUCCGGUGCUCAGCACAAAAAAAUGGAAAGUGAUUGGAUGCCAGUGGAACCAAAACCGGUAGCCCCAGUUGCAAUUGUUCGACCGGAAAAACCAGUAUCCAAAUUCCCACCGACAUCAUCAUCGUUCGUUCCAUCCUCCGAGAAACAGCAGCCUGCGUACACACCCGUCAACCCUACUCCUGGGCCACAGGCGCUUCCUCCGGAUCUUGCACAACCUGGUCCAUCGACGGUUCCAAUUCCAGUUGCACCAGUUCCGGCCAUACCAAUAGUUGAGUCAGUGCUACCGGCGAUAAUGCCCCCGCCGGGACCAUCUGUUGAACCUCCACCCGUAUUUCCCACCAAUCCAGAGGGCAACAAACUUGAUGUGUCCACUAUCAUAUCUAAUCGUUUGAAUGCCAUGCGAAAACUGCAAGACAAUCCCGCGGAUGCUGAAGCUAUCAAGCUUCUUUACAACACUCAAAAAGACAUGUCUGCUUGGGCAUCAUCCAAAUUCACACCCGGUCAGUUCUUCGGAUCAACCGGCGUUCAAUGUCUGACGCCUCGCGAGCUCGCCGAAGGCUAUCAACCUUGGGCCAAACGCGACUCGAUGAAGCAAAGUGCCCCCGUUACCGGUGGUAUGGGCAUGCAUCUGUUGCAGAAAAUGGGAUGGGUCCCAGGUGAGGGUCUCGGUAAGGAAAAAAAUGGAUCGCUGGAACCACUGCUACUGGAUGUCAAAUUGGACAAACGUGGUCUGGUGGCUAGCGCCGAAGACCACCAGCGGCAAAUUCAGUUCCAGAUACAGCAACAGCACAGUGGCCGCCGGGCCAGAUUCAUGAACGUAAAGAUCAGCACCGACGGGAAGCAUCCGGUUUCGAUCCUGGGAGAGUAUUGCAGUAAGCGUAAAUGGAUGCCACCGCGGUACGAUUUGGUGCACGAAAGUGGACCGGGACAUGCGAAGAACUUCGUUUUCAAGGUGAUCGUCAACGGACUGGAGUACCAGCCGGCCAUUGCCAACAAUACGAAGAAAGAAGCUAAGGCAACGGCGGCCAAGUUUUGCCUACAGCAGUUGGGCAUUUUGCAGUCGUAGAUGGUAAGUGAUUUGUAAGUUUAUCUGUCCGUGGUAUUGAAUUCCCUUGUAGUCGUGCAUUUGGGUCUAUCAAGCAACUGGGGCACCUAUGCGAGGAAGUUGAGAACCUAAAAGUGUAUCGUUACUCCCGAAUAAAUCAACUAUAUGUGCUGAUCAAUUAA